UUUCUUUAAAUAGUAUUCCUCACUCAACUAUCAUUUCUCACUUUACUACUACCCUGACUUACCUGCAUCUGAUGACUAGCCUAUUUUCAUCUUUCAGGACAUUAUGGAGUCCCUGCGGCCAGCACCUCAGCCUUUCCAGCAACCUGAGAAACCUGGCCGUGUCCGCCGACGGAAGACCAGGAGGGAGAGAAAUGCCCUUGUGGGCAGCCGCCGGGGGAGCCGUCAGGAUCCUGUGGCUCCCUGGAAUCCUGUGGCCCCCCGGGAUCCUGUGGCCCCCCGGGAUCCUGUGGCCCCUUCUGCCUCCAAGCUUGUGGUCAUAACUCAGGGCCGGCUGAGCCGGGAGCACCGGGGUCUCUUCAACCAUGAGGUGAAAUCUCUGGAUGUGGCCCGAUUGCUUAGCAGUGGGUCCCUGGAAUCAGGAACUCUCUUUCUCCAAACCAAACCCUCCCCAAACCCAGACAGGGUCCAAGAACCAGAACAGUCAAAGGGCAAGGAGAAUCAGGUGCCUGGAGACUUGGGUCCAGGCCCCCCACAUUCCCCAGAGCUCCCUUGCUUGGGGAAACUGUUGGGUGAGCUGCAGUGCCAGCUGAUUCUGCCACAGGCCUUCCCCAGGAGGAACCUGGUACAGGAGGCCAGGGAUGUCAUCGUGGGAAACUUACAGGCCUGCCAUGGCUGUGUACCUGACCUUUCCCUGGUGCUCCGAGGCUGCCACCCACCCUUGCCAGGGACCAAGCCUGGAAUCUCUGAGAAACAAAGGAUGACACCCUCCUGGAUCAACAGCCCUGAGCAAGCCCCAAGGGAAGAGAGGCAAAGGAGACUUCGGGGAACAAAGGAGUUCACCUUUUCCAUGCCUCAUACCUCCAGCCCUCCCGUUGCACACAGGGUUAGCCUGGUGCCACCAGGAGGUCCCUGGCCACCCACUUUGCCCUCCUUGCCUUCACCAUCCGGGGCAGCCUGGGGCCCUCCAACAGCUUUUGACCUACUGAAAAGCAUCUGGCUAGUAGCCACACCAUCCCUUCCCAGACCCUGGGCUGUCGGCCCACCUCAGCCCCUGCCUCAGCCACUAUCACCCUUGUUGCCCAGAACCUCUGCUCUGGACUGGAGCCCCAGCCCCCUUGCCCCACUGCCCAGCCUCUCCUGGGUGGUAGCUCAGAGCAGUCCAGAAGCCUGGUCCUUUCCACCCAUGAGACUGUACUGAGAGUGCUGAGGCCAGGAUUGGGGCAGUUACCUGCACUCAUUCACCUCAAUAAAGUAACU